AUGGGCACGAUGCGGAUGGACCGUGACCCUUUGCAAGACGUCUGCGGCAGCGACAACAGCAGCUCCGCGUAUGGCAACAAAAGCGGUGUCGACGAGAGCGAGAAGAUGGCGGGUGGAUGCCCGGCGGCGGCGGCGGCGGAAGCGGGGGAAGGGGAUGGUGCCAUCGGUGGCCAGGGGCGGAUGCUGCUAGCUCUUCCUGAUGCUAUGCUGUCGGAGAUCUUGGGGAACCUUGACGUCAAGGGCCUCGGCCGCGCGGGCUGUGCGUGCCGUGGUCUCCGCGACACCGCAGACGACGAGCGGCUCUGGGUCUCUCUCUGGGAGGGACCCCUCCCCGGUGGGUUUCUACGCGGCGAGAAGGCGGCACACGUUGCGCUUUGGCUCCUGGCGAAGGGCGAAGUCGAGCAGACGAGGGUGGCGGUCAGCGAGCCCUCAUCGCCGACGAGAACGGCCAGCCGGCGACGCGUGGGGGAGGCAACGGCCACCGGCGGUGGCCGUGAUCAGGGUCAUGGAGGUGCUCGCGGCGAAGAGGGGCCCGCUGGAGGAGGAGCGGUAGCAGUGGCUGCCGGAUUCCCGGUGCACAUCUCCUGCAUGGCCAUCAACGGAGCGGUUAUUGCCACCGCGGCAGGGCCCGAGAUCACGGUGUGGGACAUGGAGGGGGCGUCGGCCCCGCGGGCGCGUUUCAAGGUGAGCGGGCACGGGAGCGUUACGUGCUUGCUCCUGCGAAGCGGCACCUUGCUCGCGGGAGACAACAGCGGAUAUCUCAGGUCUUACGACGUGAGCGUGCCCGGCGGAGGAAGGCCCCUGCACGAGAUCCGCGCCCACGCCGACCGCGUCACCGCCAUCGACUCCUUCACUCUCCCCGUCGGCAACACCGCCGCCGCCGACAGCCCUGUAGCAGAACAGCCUGGCGGCGGCAGCGGUGGCUGCUACAGGAGCCCCGCGGCGGAAGGCGAGGGUGGUGCCUGGGGCCGGGGCGGCGGUCAGCGGGGGCGGUGGGACCAGGGCCACGGCUGGGGCGAAGGGUGGCAAGAAGAGGAGAGCGAAAGCGGAGAGGGGGCGCAGCCGCUCCUUCCACAGCGCCACCUCUACGGCAACAGCGGUGCUUCUUCUUAUUCUCCCCCGCCGCACGCGUCUUGGGGGGCAGCGGGAGAAGGCGCGGGCAGCCGGCAGCAGCACGGGAUUGGUGGCGGAACCGGUGCCUUGGGCGAAUCCCCGGCGAGCGCCGCCGACCUCGGCGUAGAGUUCAACCGCCUGCGGCGGGGAUCUUCCCACGGGGGUGGGACCGGCGAGCCGUUGUCGCGGCUUGGGAAGCGGCAGGGGUACGCAGGGCGGGGCCAGGCUUAUGAGCCUGCUGGUGCCGCUGUCGGCGGUGGCACACGCAUGCAGGGGAGGGGGAGGGGGAUUGAUCGGGCGGGGUGGGCCUUCGACGACGGCAACAACCACGGCGCCCCCAAUGCCUGGAGCGAGGAGAAGGGCGGAGAAGAGAACGACCCGUUCGUGGGCCAACGGCCGGACGAUGGAAAGGGCGGAGCUGGCGGAGAGCAGAGGGAGGUGUUGUUGUUCACGGCGUCCGAUGACGGUACCGCCAAGGCCUGGGACGCGCGGAGCGGGAGGUUCGUGUGCCUGUACGCCGGGCACACCCGCGGCGUCACCUGCCUCCAGGCCACCCUCACCGAGAGCUACGGCCCCGUGCUCGUGACGGGGGGAGGGGACAGCGCCGUCAUCGUCUGGGAGCUCACGACCGGGCGCUGCUUGGAGAAGCUCGAGACCGGGGCUGGCCUGGUGAUCAACCCCGGUGGUCCGGGACCCCGCGUCGGCUGCCUCCAGGCCUACAGGGACACCAUCGUUGUCGGAGAAGACCGCCACGUGUCCGUGUGGUCGCUGCGCAAGGGCCAGAGGCCGCGGCUGGCGAGGGCUCGCUUCUGCGAGCACCAGCGGCCCAUCCGCCGGCUUGACAUGGUAGGGCCCUGGAUCGUCACCUGCUCGGGGGACUAUGUCAUCCGUCUCUGGGACUCGAGGACGGGACUGUGCGUUCGCGAGCUGGAGACCAAGUCGGGGGCUGCGAUCACGUCCUUCCGGCUGUCGGGGCUUUGCCUGCUCACGACCAGCCUCUUCGACACCAGCGUGCUCAUGACCAGCUUUUCGCAGCGCAGGGGUAGCGAGGGCAAAGGCUCUGCCAAAAUAUGCGAUUAGACUCAGAGCAUCAGCAGCGGCGGCGGCGGCGGCGGCGGCGGCGAUUGCACGAGGCUACUGCUGGCGACCCCACACCCAUGAAUAGGAGCGGCAGCUGACAGGUAUUGUCCCCGCCACCGCGACACACGACAAACAACACUGCAAACACGAGCAACAAGAGGUUGUUGCAACAACAACGCCAGGCCAAAUUUCUUCUGAAAACUACCACUUUUGGUAAGGGACGGAGUAUUUUUGGCGGAGGAGAGGGCGUCCAAAGUCCAAAGCAGGGAGCGGUACCCGAAACGGCUCGACCGUGGCCGCGAAGAUGGUUUAUUUUCGUCCCGAAACGGGCGCAAACUCGCCGCCUUUUGGCGUGCCGGGUCCGCUGCAUCGGAUAAGUAGUGUGCUCUACGGUAGGGGGUACGUGUGUAAAUUUCGUCCUCAUUGUGGGUUUCCCUCUCUGUGCUGCUUACUGCUACAGACUCCCCGUAGGAGUGCGGUACAUGCACAGAGUUUUCUUUUGCGCCGAAGCAGCAGGCGACCGCCUUCCCUGAACGACAAGUUGUAAUUUUUUGCCCGACGGUGGUAUGCGGUUGUUGUACAUAUGUAAAUCCCCCCGGCGGCUGUCUGUGGUAUGUUUUAUUGUCCGGCAGGGAAUGGAGAAUUGUAUUGCCGCGCGCCGUGUCUUUUUCCGUGUUUACUAAAUAAAGUGUAUCUUGUGCCGUUGGACACCGGCGCAGAGGUAGCGGGUCCCGCACUGCCAGCGCAACUAACUGCGGCUGACGUGUGACGUGACCUUCGCUUGCGUUACGGGGCGGCAACAGCAGCAGCAGCAGCAGCAGCAGCAGCGACACCGGGAAAAAAAAGCUGUUAAUAGCUGAUGUAGAUUUGGUGCUCUUUGACGAUUUUCGUUCAUUCAGUGAUGGUGUCGAAGAAACUACUACAGCAAACGCUUCGUCUUUGGCGUGUGUCAGGUAGACUAUUGGUGAGAGUCGGGGUGUAUUCGGCAGAUUUUUUGUGACAGUUAUUAUGUGGAGACAAUUGUAUAGAUAUAAGGCGUUCUUCUAUGUCGACUAAACGUAAUUUCUCUCGAUUUUGUCCAUUUAACUAUGUUUCUCUACGGCUAGUGUCAUGUGUUGACUGCUCAUUGGAGGCGUGGUUGCAUUUGGUGUACAGAGUAGAUUGAUUUGAUUAAGGUGCUUUGCAGUUGUUUUUUUGGGAGCUCCCACCCAGUCAAACAGGUCCCUCGGCUGCGUACAUUGACCUACAGAUUGCCGUAGUUCGGCCUGCCGCCCUUCCUCCCUCCCGUUGCGUACACGCGGGGAUGGCGAGUUGGGGGUGAUUCAGUCGUAGGUGGGGGUUGUUCUCUCAUGUGUACGCGCGUGUGCCACUCUUUGCACGGUUUUGUUGGUGUUGUUUCGGAUGUACAGUAGAAAAACUCGCAAAGAGCGAAUCGCCCAUUGCCGACUUUCAACCCAGGUUACUCCACAGCCGGGCGUUGGCACCGACGUCGAAAAGGAAGGGUUUUGGCAAGAUAUCUCGCCGAGACGAGCCUUCCUUAUAGACAUCAUCGGUAGAAAUAUUGGAGCAAUCGGGCUUUGAAAAUCGGUCUACUGUAGUUAGGGCUGUAGGGUAGGUCACUCUGUUCCUCUCUUGUACAUUAAACGUAGUCGGCUGUACACGGUAGGAUGCUCUCUUCCUUUGGUGUAUAUCGUAGUCGUAUGACUGAUUUAUCAAAAAAAAAAAAUGGUGGCGGAGUCAUUGCUCGACAAGUUCUUGUUCUUGGGAAGAAGACUCAGUACUCCGGUGCCCGUGCGGUGAUGGUCGAAUGAAGUGCUAAGACAAGGGCGUGUGUAACUACUCUAACCCCCUGCUUUGUCCAACGGUUGGGUUUCAGGCAAGUAAGCACAAACAAACGCAGGAAGGCAGUGAAAGUAUGUUUGUGUUGGGUCGGUGUGAUGGGUGUCAAGUUGCGCGAGAUUACUGAAGGAGACUCAAAACUCCAUGCGAGGGCCAGGGCGGCGAGUACAGGGGGGGGGGGUAUACGAGUGCUUGAUGAAGUGCUGAUACAAGUUUCGUGAGA